UACAAGGUAAAUACAGGUCAGAGAUUUUACUCCUGUUUUUUUAAUUUUUAUUUUUGUAGACUCAAAAUUAACAUAAGUUUGUAGUUUUAAAGUGUCUGAUUAUAUUAGAUAUUUCUCUUUAUUUGCCUUAGAGUCAUGGACCCUGCUACCUGUCCUUCCAUUCAAUUUUUCAUGCCAUUCCCACUGUGAUCUUCAUGCAAAACCAUCAUCUCCGUUCCCUUCUUUUCUGCAGAAAUGGAUGUUUGACUGCAGAAAACUCCACUUUUUUAAAAUAUUUCUCUAUAGAGGAUUAAAUUUAGUGUCCAGUUUGACCCAAAAUUAUAGGUUCCCGAGAAAUCAAAACAAGUUGCCAUUCACGUAUGCCACUAAAUCCAUUCUUCUAAUUCCUUCAACAUUUAACAAAUAGUUACUAAGCACCUAUUUUGCACAAGCAUUGAAACUGGUCCUCUGCCAAAUAUGAAGCUGUAUCAACAAAGAUGUGUGAAUCAAUAUAAAUACAGAUUUAAUGCUAACUAAAUACCAGGCACUGCUCCAAGCUCUUGACAUGUAUUAAUCUAUUGAGCCCUGCCCAAGGGGGUGGGUACCAUUGUCAUAUCCCUUUUAUAGAUGGGGAAACAGACCAGAAAAGUUAAGUGAGCUUCUAGAACCCAAACCCUUAACCAAGGCACCAAUAAUUGAUCUAGUCAUGGUGGGGGACCCAUGUUAAAAAGUGUUUCUCCCAAACUAUGGCCCCUAAAGUCUGACCAACUCCCAGAGCCUGCAGAUGCCCUCAAAUAGUAAGUACCAACCCAGGCGACUCGUAUACAACAUCAGAAAACAUUUGUACCUAACCUGAUGGGUCUCCUUCCAGCUCAGGACACUGAAGCAUGCCCCCUGGAGGCCCUCAGCACACCCCGGGACACACAUGCUGACCUACACAUUCCUGCAGAGUCACAUCUUAACCCAAAUCUUAUCACAACCCUGCCAAAGGCCAGGCACUAUCAAGAAAAUGUUCACCCUUCUUCCCGUUAGGCCCCAUGUGUGAACACUGAUAACAGAUCUAAAUUCGAAGAAAAUCAACAGAAGUCAUCUCAGUCAACCUGAAAAGUGUAGUGACUCAUUCACACCCUUUCACAGGGCUCCUACUGGGCGGCCCUGGUUCCCCGGAGCAAGCCUCCAGGCAUCCUGCAGCCGGGGCACAGCACGAGGACCAGAGGAGCCUUGACUUCCUUGUGCUCAGCAUCUGAGUUGCUCAGCAAGCUGCCCCUGUUCGGUGCUGCCCAUGACCCCCCUGCUUAUGUCCCCAGGGCAGGCUAAACAAGGUUGCCUUGGAAAAAAAGAACAGAGGAGAUGCUGACUUUUCAGCCCCAAGAGUAAAUUCCAUCACUAUGGAGUUAAAAUCAUAACAUCUAAAUUUGACUCGACUGGUGUCUCCUCUUAUAAAUACACACACACGUGGAUGCUUAAACCAUUGUGCGGACUGCCAACAACAAAACAAAACACAACAUCUCAUUAGAAAGACGAGCUGGUAGACCAACUCACUAGAACAAAGAAAAGAAAAGCAGGUACUCCAAUUUCACCGAACACACACACACACACACACACACACACACACACUGGUGUAGUGAAGCCCAUGAGAAAACUAGUUGCCCUGGCAAUGAAGGACAGUUUAUGUGCUCAAGGAUUUUCUUGUUCAAAUUUAAAGGAGCCACAGGAACUUACUGAGCUUCCGUGGGCUAAGUUUUAGGUCUCCGUCCUGAGACGAGGGUCUGUCUGGCUUCUAUUUCAACCUCUAGUAAAGCCGUAAGCAGAGUAGGUAAGAGCAACAGCUCGGGGGCCAGGCGGCCCUGGCUGGAGCGUCAGCACCAUUUCCCAGCUGUGCCGCCCAGGUGAGUUACUUAACCAUCAGUUAUGGCGCCUCCAUCUCCUCGCCUGUAAAAUGGGAGAAAUACAUCCAAAAAACGGACCCGCCUGGGUUUGUUGUGGUGAAAGAACACCUGGUAAAACAUUUGGAACGAUGCCUGGUUCUGAGCAAGCCUUCCACAACAUGUGAGUUAUUUGCAACAAUAACUUGAAAUGACUUCCCGCAUCCCACCUGAAACUGACUUCUUUGUUUUUACCGUAAGUCUCCCAGCACUGUAACCUCAUUUUGUCUCCUUUUGUGUGCAUGCAGAGGGAGGAUGUUUAGCUGUCCUUGGAAUACAAUCUCUCCUUUCAUUAAGAACCAUUAUUAAGUCUCUCUAAGUUUCUCUCCUGCAGUAGAUGAUCCAGAUGACUUAAUCGUUCUGCUUUACAUGCUUUAAUCAUUUAUUUGAACUUCUCAACCAUCCAGAUUUAGUACACAAAGAAAUAUCAUCUAGGAAACGUUGGUUUCAAAAUUCCUUAUCAUCUGCAGCCCAUGAGCUCAAAUGUUUAAAAUCCAUUGUUUGUAAGAGCAAACUAAAGGUCUUUACCAUAUUAGUCAGUUGGUUUUCCUCUGUCACAUUGCCACAGUCACCUCAUUCUCAUCUGCAUAGCUCAGCACAAGCCAAAACAGAAGAGACAGAAGGUCAUUCGUUCAUUCAUCAAAUGUUUAUCGAGGGCCCACUAUGUGCCAGGCACUGUGCUGUGCUAUAAAAUUACAAACGAGACUCUCUCUACUUGGAGAAAUUUACAAUUUAGGAGGGAAGAUACAGAAGUAAACAAAUCAUUGCAAAAAUCUUCCAUUAAAUGAUGUAAUUGACUGAGAAAGUGCCAGGAUACCCUUGGGGCAGAAGGGAGGGAGAACUCAGCUCUACUUGGUGGGUCUGGAAAGGUUACACAGAGAAAGUGACUUUGGAGCCAUGCUAUCGAGUGGCAAGGAUUGGAAAAAGGAGGAGGAGAGUCUUUGGGGAAGAUGGAACACCUAGGGACAAUCUGAACGUCAUGUCACCGGGGAACCUUCCUUGGUGCUAUUAUGACUGGGGCCUGGGGUCUAGGAAAAAUACAGAGACACAAGACUGCCCACCCUUUGGAAAGUCAGUAGGGAAUGUCAAAGUCACGUGUAAAGAGUAAUCUAUGUAUUCUUUACUAGUUAUUUUUUAAAAUACCUCUUAAUAUAUGUGACAUAUAUGAGCUAAGAUAAUAUUCAUGGAGGAGUCUUCAUUUUUAAUUUUCUAGAAAUUAAUUUUCCAAGUACAAUAAGAUGGUAACAUUAUUUCCAUUAUUUAUGCCUGGCAUAGUAGGUGUCUACUUAUUUGCUUACUUACUUAUUAUCUGACCCCCCACCCCCAGCCAGAAGACCAUCUCCACAAGGUUAGGGACUUUGCCUCUUUUGUUCACAUCUGCUUCCCCAGCACCUAAAACAGUGUUUGAUUCAUGAUAGGUACUCAAUAAAUAUUUGUGGAGUAAAUGAAUGAAUUUCCAUGUGGGUGAAAAGAAACAAUCAUAUCCUUUACUAAUGAGGAAAGAGAGACCCUGGGACUUAAAACGGUUUUUCAUGAACAGAUCCAAUUUGCAAAACUGGAACUGAAGUUUAAAAGCUAUUUUUCUUUCUGAAGCUCUGCUUCUGGGAAAAUCACAGCUGCCAGCUUAGAUGGUGGUUUUAACUGCCCAGUUACAAAUUCUGCACAGUUGUACAUAUUGGCAGAGCUCAGCUUCCUUAAAUGCUCUUGGAUCACUAAGGAAAUGGUGAUUUUCCUUAUUGAUUUAACGCCAUUUCUUCUUUUGUGAAAAAUCCCAUGCGCUGCUCAAUGGAACACGUACAAUAAAAACCAAACGUUGGGGGCCAAAAAUUAAGUAAGUCUCUCGUGUUCCUCCUCAGUCGUGUGAUGCUAAACCAUUUCUACUUUCAAGCUGGAGGGUUCAACCGUUUUCCCUUUUAAAUUUAGCAGAGUGAUUAUUCCUCCUGGUGGAUUGCAUAUAUGCGCCUUUUGAUCUGUGAAAUAGCUCGUUCCUGGGUGAACUUUAAGCUCUGAAGGAAUGCCUGGAAAAUACUGUUUACGAAUCCUAGCAGAAAUGUUUCACAUUCUCUUUACUCCAAAAUGGUGGCAGCAAACCACUCUCUCCAAGAUUUUUCAAGAAGAGGGGAAAAGAACUUUGGGCCACAGCGCUGUGGUAACAAAAUGAUGAUCAUCCCUCCCACAGAUUUUACUCAAUGGUCUCCUAGAAGCUAUAGUGUAGGAAAGCCAUCAUCAGCAAUUAUUCAUCACGAGCAGGAUACUGAGCUAGGUCCAUAGACUACAAACAGGGAGGAGGCUUGGUUCCUACCCUCUGGAGCUGACAAAUUAGCUGGCGAAGUUAGACACAAACCGCCAAGUGAAAUUCACGGUCACUAAUGGACAACAUAGUGUCAUACAGGAUUCCCAAGGGUCCAGAGAUAACCAGACAGCGUCCCUAGAGGAGAUCGUCUUGAAUUUGAGUUGGACCUUUAGUGGGGGUCUGGAGGAAGGAAAAGCAGGAGGCAGGAGGGAGGGAGGCAGGCACAUCAACAGGCAAUUAUAAGGCACUGCCAUGCCUUGUAAAUCGUGUCACGUAGGCCAUGCAUGGACGCCAUUGCCGGGGGCCCCACCUGGCUGAGGUGAAGGUUGUAGCAGGUAGGGUACGGGACAGCUUGGGGACGGCCUCGGAUGUCACUCUCAGAACUUAGUGCUUGAUUCUAUAAGGAAAGAGGAGUCAUCAAGCUUUUGAGCAGAAAGGAUAUAAGCUAAGCGGUGCUGCAGAGAAAUGUAAUCAAGCGGGGAUCCGUGCUGUGCAUUUAAUUGGGGAUUCUUCAGAAUUGAGAUAAUGAGACCCUGACCUAGGCUGGGGACAGUAAGAUUAUCUCCAUCACACGGUACAUUCCUGUGCAUACUUCUUAAGGAUUUCUGCCGCAUCGCACUCAGUAUGCCUGCCUAUCUCUGUCCUGUAAGACAGCGAUGCUGUGAUACUGUGUGCUGCUCAGAGGUGGCCUCAAUCCUUCAGAGCCCCACGGUUUGCACAGGGAACAGGCCCAGGUGUGGUCUCUGCGCAAACCUCAGAGCCCACAAAGUCCACAUCCUCAGUUUACUCAUACAGAAGCCAGCUCAUGAGUGACGGGUGUGGGACAUGACGGGAUCUCCUUACUGCACUUCAGCAAUGCUUCCAAAGCAGGUCCAAAGUCUGCUUUGGGUGUGUGUGUGUGUGUGUGUCCACAUUCUGGCACCAUCCUGAGGAAUUUGGGUCCUAACUGAAGUUGAAGCUCCUUUCUUUACUCCACCCAGACCCCUUCCCUCCAGAUCCUGCCUGGGCUCUACUUUAUUUUUGUCAACUCCUGGCCUCGGCGCUUUCCCAAAACGCCCUCCAGCUUCUAGCCCUCUGCUCACACCCUGCUCUUUCUCGUGUCCUGUCCUCGACUGUGCCAUCCCUUUUGGAGCGCUUUACAGCCCCAGCUCAAGCCUCACCACCUUCAGGACACCCCUGUACAUACACCGCUGUCUCAGCCCCUGCCCUAGGUAGACUAAGGUCUCUCUCCUGAGAGCUCCGCGCUACCUUGCCCGGGGCUCUCUCGCUGUGUCCCUGUGGUGUCUUACAAUUGCCUGUUUACCUGCCGGGCUCCCACCCUUCCACCGUGAGCUCCCUGCGGCCAGGGACUGUGGGUACGCGUCACUGAACACCCAGCAUCUAGCACGUACUAAGGCACAUACUGGCACUUACUAGGCAUUCCAAUGCCUGAUGAACGAAUGAAUGAAUGACAUUCGCCUUGCUGGUGCAUUCAUUCAUCUAAUAAACAUUUAUGAAGCAAUUGCUUACGAUCGGCACUGUGGUCGUCAACAUUUAAAUGUCAAAAUAUACGACGGCACUCAAGUUCCAAAUGAUGUGUGCGUAAAUUAUGCAUGUGGAAUGAACAUGCACACACAGCAAAGACCGCCUCCCUAGCUACAAAUACCAAAGCUAGCAAAUGCAGUAAACUGUGUACCAGAUGUCCCUGAAAUUGACAAAGAACCGAGAACCAAAAAUGACAGUUAGCUCCAUAAGGCCUGUAGAAGAAAAACGAAAAGAGUAAAAGAACAAAAGAACCUCCAGCAGAAGGAAGUGGCUAUGGUUUUUCUUCUAUGCACUAGAGCUGGGGGUGGGGAGGAUUUCUACAAGCAUUCUAUGCUGGGCAGGUUCAUGUAAGUCUGAGUUCCUGAAGGGUUGGCUCUUAGGAGCUGUUAGGAAAAUUCAUUGCCAUGCACGAGUCAGGGGACUGUUUUUUAUUCCACCGGAAAUUGUUAAUGGGGACUGCAUUAGUGGCCCCUUAUUGUUCUGCCUGAUGGAGAGACAGCAGGUUCACCCAAGCAGUUCUGGAACCCUGAUCGCUGCCAAUUAGGGGAGUAUUGUCUGGCUGACAUAAUCAACUUCACAUCACAACAUGGAAGCCAUUGCCAAGUUUGACUUCACCGCCUCCGGCGAGGAUGAGCUGAGCUUUCACACCGGAGAUGUUCUGAAGAUCUUAAGUAACCAAGAGGAGUGGUUCAAGGCGGAGCUUGGGAGCCAAGAAGGAUAUGUGCCCAAGAAUUUUAUAGACAUCCAGUUUCCUGAAUGGUUUCACGAAGGCCUCUCCCGACACCAGGCAGAGAACUUACUGAUGGGCAAGGAGGUUGGUUUCUUCAUCAUCCGGGCCAGCCAGAGCUCCCCAGGGGACUUCUCCAUCUCCGUCAGGCAUGAGGAUGAUGUUCAGCACUUCAAGGUCAUGAGAGACACCAAGGGUAAUUACUUCCUGUGGACAGAGAAGUUUCCAUCUCUAAAUAAGCUGGUGGACUACUACAGGACGACCUCCAUCUCCAAACAGAAGCAGAUCUUUCUGAGGGAUAGAACCCGAGAGGAUCAGGGUCACCGGGGCAACAGCCUGGACCGGAGGCCCCAGGGAGGCCCACACCUUAGCGGGCCCGGGGGAGAAGAAGUCCGGCCGUCGAUGAACCGGAAGCUGUCGGAUCAUCCAGCGCCCCCUCCCUCGCAGUACCCCCCGGCACCGCCACAGCAGCAGCGCUAUCUACAGCACCCCCACUUUCAUCAGGAACGCCGGGGAACCAGCCUUGACAUAAACGACGGGCACUGUGGCGUGGGCAUGGCCAGCGAAAUGAACGCCGCCCUCAUGCACCGGAGACACACAGACCCAGUUCAGCUCCAAGUGGCCGGGAGCCUCCUCCGUGUGACCGUGGCUCCCAAGGCCAGCCCAGCCGCCCUGGCUCGGCAGGACCCCUCUGUGUUUCCCCGACAGCGAGUGCGGUGGGCCCGGGCGCUGUACGACUUCGAGGCCCUUGAGGACGACGAGCUGGGCUUCCGCUGCGGAGAGGUGGUGGAGGUGCUGGACAGCUCCAACCCGUCCUGGUGGACCGGCCGCCUGCACAACAAGCUCGGCCUCUUCCCCGCCAACUACGUGGCCCCCAUGAUGCGAUGAGCCCCUUCCGGUGGGGCCCGAGGCUUUCGUCUGAAGCUGCCUGCAAGAGAGGGGGCAGGGGAGAACAGCUGGAACUACGUGUACAUCCGUGUAUAUGCGUGUGCACACACACGCGCCUAAGUGUACGUGCAUUCGAUAAUAGUAAUUUAUUGGCGAUGCGGUCGUUUCAUUAGUUGAUAUGAAAGGAAGUCAGGUGGAGAAUUCUAUUCGUACUUGUUUUUCUGCUCUCCCCUCAGCGGGUGUGUGGAAGGCAGGGGGAAAGUGGGGGUGGGGGGGGCAGAGACAUGAAACCGAAGUUCUUCCUGUCCUUAAGAUGGCACCGCUUCCUCCUGGUCUUGGGACUUUCACUGAGACUAGCCGAGCAGAGAUCCACAUCCCGGCAUUGGACCCAGAACAACAGGGUGGAGCCGGACUCGGUGGGGCCAUGUUUCGGCUUUACCUCCGAGCCCCGCUCCCCUUGAGGUUUUGCAGGGCAACGUCCCUCCUGUGCGACCAGGGUGGGCACUGCCGGGCUGAGACCAGAGGAGCAGCCACACGGGACUGGAGCAGCGGGUGCCUGGAGGCCUGGGCGAGGCUGGCCUCCUGCCCCGUGCUCAGCGGGGACCUUCGCCUCCCUCGCCGGAGUGCUCCUCAGCCCUGAGAAACAGAGACCGUGAGGAGCCCAGCACUGGCAAAUGGGGGGUUUUUCACAAAUCCCCAGUGGCUUGCUUGGGUGUCACCUCUGUUUCCCCGGAUACCAAGAAAGCAGCAUCUACAUUCUGUAAAGUGCUCGGAGAAGCCCUGGCUGAGAAUGCGGGACUUUAAAGCCAUUGUUUUACGACUCCCAGGGUGUCUCUUUGGGUCUCUAUUGGUUUUCCGUUGUCCUGAGGAUGCUUUGCCCAGUGGCAGAGAGGGAAGCCCACUCCACAAGAGCAUUGACUAGCAAUUGUUGAUCGGUUGACUGACUGAACUUGACCCUGGGAGGGAGCCAGCUUUGACGGGAGCUUCCUGUUGGAUCUGGCCGUAGAGUCAUUGCUGGCAUCCUCUCUCCAGCCUCGACCCAAGAGCUGCACCUGGGGAGAGGGACCCCAUUGCCCCUGUCUCUCCUGCCACCUCAAAAUAGAAUUAUGUUUCCUUGGGCUCAGCUGGGGUUGCGGAGCACAGGCUGGCCUGGCUGGGGAGAAGGGACCCUGGAGAAGGAAACAGUGUUUUGGUGGAGCCUGGGAGCAAACACGUCUGCGCCGAGAGACCGGAGAAGAGGAUGUGUGUGUGUGAUGAGGCCUAAGUGACAGGCUGGGUGCACGUGUUGGUGAGGGAGAAUGAUGGGGGUUGAGGUGUGCGUGCUCCUUUGUCUUCUUCCCCAGCCCUUCUUGCUCUAAGGAGUGACGGGGGCAGCCGUUAUCGAGGGUGAAAGGAGAAGAAAGAGUGUCUGGCUCAGAAGCAACUGUCGGGGUAACAUAGGCUGAGUCCCUUUGACUCUGAAUGCUACGAUUCUGGGAUCCCUCUGUUGUCUUUAGAGAAAAAGGGGAAAAGAAGGCACUCCGUGGCGAGUCUUGGGAGGGAAGAGAAAAUAGCCUGAGAGAGGCAGGGGGAGUCAGGUGACAGUAAGGAACAUCUGGCUCACAGCCUUUAGAAAUCAAAGAACAGAAAGGAAAAGGUAGCAGAGAUGUUUCAAAAGAUCAAGGAGCAGCGUGAGACACAAAGGGAGGGAAAGGGAGCAAGAUGGUAAGUGGGACAGUCGAGGAAGACGUUGGAGUAGAGUCAGCAGGCCGGCGGCUGACAACCAGGGGAAGGAGGGAUCCAGCAGGUGGGGAAGGAGGAGUUACAGCAGAGCCGUGAACGCCACGGAAGGCAGGGACCAAGACACCACAGGAACGAAGAGGAACGAACAGGGAGAAAGAAAAGCAAGGCAGAGAAGACCUAAAAGCUAUUUUGGUGCUAGGUAAUGUGAACAUGUUACAGUAAAUAAAAGCCAAAAGUGAUGUUUGAUUUUA